GACGUAAGUAGGCGCGAGUUCCGGAUCGUAACGUACAGAGGUAGGAAGAUUCUCAUCUCUUGGAAACGGCUGCUUCUGUCUGAUGAUGGAGAGGUGACGUAAGAGCCUGGUCUGCCCUGUCUUCUGCCCCUGAAGUCGUUUCUCUCCGGCCCGACCUCCAGCAAACAUUCAGCAAUGGUUGAUUCAGACGAUGAGUUUACAGAACUUUGUUCCAAGCUCCUGAAACGAGUGAGGAAGAACAAACCUGAGGAGCCCCAGGAGAUCCCUAAACCCAGCGCCGUAACCAAAAACAGACUGAAAAAGACCAAAUCAUCCGUUGCCAGGAAGCAGUCCGGGAAUGGGGGCAGAAAGAGAGCAGACCAGGGCAUUGAACCAGGAGGGAAUGUUCAGAAGGCCAGCGAGAAGCCAUGGGAGAGCAGCAGCAGCACAGAGAGGAGCAAUACAGAACCACAGGCCAAUGUGGGCCUUCCAAAUGGCAACGCUCAACAAAGCGGCGAUGGCUCAGAAACGGUCAGAUCCCAGGAGAUGCUGAGUGUAAAACAUCUGGUUCUGGAGAGGAUGCAGCAGUUCAAGAGAGCAGGUCCAGCUCGCAUGAAGCUAUGCUCUACAGAGGACGAUGGCACUGAGUCGCUACCCUCAGUAGCGGAGGCUUUGCAAGACGACGGUGCGCUAAAUACUGCUCUGCCGAUGGAUUUCAGGGGCCGGCAGCGUUCCUUGGAAGACGAGGGGCUUUUCUUCUGCCAACUGUGCCAGAAAGACUUGACAGCCUUGAAUAGUGCCCUGCGGGAGCAGCACGUCAACAGGUGCCUGGACCACGAUGAGAGUGUGAGCAAAGUGGCAGAGCCUCCUUCCGUUCCCAGCUGCCCCCUGUGUGGCAAAUCCUUCAACACAGAGAAGAGCCGGGCAUCUCACCUAAAGCGAUGCGCUGCCAAGCUGGAUGUACCGGCGCAUGCGCUGCUUCAGGCCGUCCAGAGGCAAGCAGCGGAGACCGCAGAGCCCACAACACAUGUGACCCAGGCCAAGCGGAAAGCAGGAUCCAAGCAGAAGGGACCCCCAAAAAAGAGGCGAGCGGCCCAGCCGGGUUCAGAGGUGGAGGAUUUGCUUGUUGCCAUGGCUCUCUCUAGGUCUAUGCAGGAGGACACGGCAGUGCCAAGCAAUAACAGCGCUCCGAGGGCCACGCGGCCCACGGAGAAUGCAGUGCCAGUGAAAAAGGCCCAUCGGAAAAAGAAGGACAGACCUGCUCCCCUCCUGCUGGUUCAGGAUCCGCAGGCCCCUCUGCAGAGGCUUCAUGAGAGGAUGUCUUUGCUUUUAAGCGAGGAGUCUAAGUUAAUCAACAGCAUCAAGCUACCUCCAAGUCGAUUCUGGGACUUGCAGGAGACUCGGAAAGCAGCGUGGAGCUGGCCUCGGCAGGACGAGAAGCUGUGGGAGAUCAGCAACAUGGUGGAGAACAUCGAUCCUCAACACUACUAUACCAGGGAGCUCAACCCCCCUAUAACACCAUGGAGACCACCUCUGAAAUUGCUCAACUCACAGCCACGCACAGCGAUGCCCACCCAGCCUGCAUUGACCCCACCUUGUGCCAUCCACACUGGUAAGGAGCAGUCUGAUGAGACCCCCUGCAGGGAAGGACAACACAUGUCCAGCAGCCAGAAAGACAGACAAGCUUUACUUGACCUGGCGGAGCUUGCGGGAGAAGGCAUGACGUUUACUCAGUGGAACUUAGGAGCUGGCCUUGUUACAAACAGGACAGGAAGAGAAUCCACCGACGAAAUCACGUCGAGUGGGUUUGUCCCGUCUCAGGAAGAAGAGCCUAGUACCCACCCGCCGUCCACUGCCCCGCAGGUUGCCUUAGCAGCGGAUUUUGCUCAGAUGGUGAAUAACCCUCACCUAAGCGAUGCUCAGUUGCAGACUGACUGCGGGGAGGUGCUGAAUGUGCACAUGUUCGUGUUGUACGCCCGCUGUCCUCUGCUCGUGGAAGCGGUACACUCUGAAGGAUUCUGGGUAGAUGAAGCCAGCACGGGCCGUGUGCGGCGUCUUCUCCUGAACGAUGUGUCCGCUGAAGCUGCCGUCUCUUUUCUGCGCUUCUUGUAUUCUGCCUGUACCGCCAUCCCUACCCGCUGCCUCGCACACGUAUGUGAACUGGCACGCAGGUUCGGGGUGAAUAUUCUUAUAGACGUCUGCGAUCGCCUUGUUCAUGAAAACCACAGUGCUGAGCCCCAGGCUGUUACAGAUGAGGAUGAUGGGGGAGCUCGAGCCGAAACAUUCCAGGAGCUUUUAAAGUCCAUGUGGAUUGAUGAGGAAGAAGUACUAGCGGAGCUGGAGGACGAAGGAUUAGAGGAAGGGAAGGUGGACAAUGAAGGUGUAGGAGAAGGGGAGCUUGAAGAGAUCUAUGAGUUUGCAGCCACUCAGCGCAAAGGGAUAGAAGAACAGGACACGGAGAACAGCAGCAGUGGGGAGACUGAGAGCAGACCGCGGGGCCUAGAGUCUGAAGACAGUCCUGUAGAAAGAGAAGAACUGACUACUAAAGCUGAUAGCCCCCUCUGUACUGCCUGGGACUCGCAGGUCUCUGUGCAUACUACUCCACUUCCACUUACCCCAUCUACUGACCAGGUGGUGGUGGUGAAGAAUGUUCCUCUACGGAAAUCUCCUGCCUGCGUUACCAAUGGCAACAUGGAAUCUUCUCCUAAACUUGGCCCAUUAGCUUCCCCUGUAAACUCGUCAAUUAAGUCAUCGCCUGGCCCACAGGCUUCCCAACUGCCCAAUGCAAGCUUCCCAGCAUCCUCUGUUUCCCGUCAACUCUUCAAUGAGUCUACCCCACCAAGGCAACUUACUUCCCCGGGGCGACGUCGAACUGCUUUUUCAGCUGUCUCGGUGAAUCUGAGCAAAUCAGAAGACGCCAAGAAGCACCUGUGUAUCCAGCACAGCCCUUUGCAGUUUGAUGACAGCUAUGAGCGCAUGUUUUCAGACACCUGUGGAGAAUACAUGGAGCCUUCUGGAAUAUCUGCAACAGGGGGCUGCUCAGCUUCAUCUCCCAGUGGAGAACAAAGGCGACAACUCAAAAAAAAAGCUGCGUCCUCCACUCUUCCCCCUCUUCCUCAGAUUGGAACUUCUCCUGACUCCCCACUUUACAGCCUACCGUCUCUCGCAUCUCCUCCCAAAUCGCAGCCUCUCAGCAUUUCAUCUGUAACACCUCCACCCAAAUCCCUGCCCUGCAGCUUACCCUCUUUACCCUCUCCAACCAACUCGCAGCCUCGCAGCUUACCCUCUUUAACCUCUCCAACCAACUCACAACCUCGCAGCUUACCCUCUUCAACCUCUCCAACCAACUCGCAGCCUCGCAGCUUACCCUCUUCAACCUCUCCAACCAACUCGCAGCCUCGCAGCUUACCCUCUUCAACCUCUCCAACCAACUCGCAGCCUCGCAGCUUACCCUCUUUAACCUCUCCAACCAACUCGCAGCCUCGCAGCUUACCCUCUUUAACUUCUCCAGCCAACUCGCAGCCUUGCGAUUUACCAUCACCAUCAUCUCCAUCCUGCUCACAACCUCUUAGCCUAUCCUCUCUAGCAUCUCCACUGAAAUCACCCUUACGUCACUUGCCAACUUUGGCAUCGCCGACCAACUCCCGGCCUUGCAGCUUAACCUCGCUCGCUUCUCCACCUAAAUCCCAGACGCGGAACCUUCCAUUGGCAGGUUCUCCGACUAACUCUCAGCCUUGCAGUGUGCCCUCUUCAGGUCCUUCACCCAUAUCCCAGCGGUGCAGCCAACCUUCUUUAGAAUCUCCACCUAAGCCUCGGCCUCAGAGCUGGAUUACUCCAAACCAUGGUCCUUCUUGGCAAACCACUUCCUCUCCAUGCGCUGCUACGCAGGAUCCAGAAGUUAUUCUGAUCCUGUCAUCCGAUGAUGAGUCUGAGCCUAGCGUGAAAGCUGCAGACAAUCCUAAGAGCGGAGAAGACAACGAACGUAAUGUGUCUGGGGGCAUUCGAGAAUCCCCCAUUAACCUCGGAGCAAGGAGGAGCAGUGAAGGUUUUGGCCACUUAGAAACGAGCAGUUGCACUGAGACAUCGUGGUUAGUACCUGCUACUCCUUUACCAAACGCAGCAAUGUCGCUGACAUCUCAAGUACAGACCUCUCGUCUGCAGCCGCCAUCGGAAAGCACGUCUGUCUGUAUCCCGGCUGCUCCUCACUCUGUGUCUCCAGCAAAAGCAAACUCUCUUUUGUCUUUUGCUCAACCAACACCAAAGUCCUCCCGUGACCCGAUGACCUCCAGCCGAUCCGCCACAGGCCAACAGAAAACCCCAGAACUUCACAGCAGUUUUGUUAGCAACGGUUCUCGUGGCCCGUCUUCUCUCCCAGCGUCCCCGGCUAACAGCAGCGUGUUUGAAGUUGGGGACAGCGAGGAUGAGGCUCCCCUGUCAAAGACACAGCCAGAAACCAGUAGCCAUAGUUUCUACAUCGACUACGAGCCUCCUAUUCACAUGGAGGAAGAGUUAUGGUUCAACGGAGAGGAAACCCCCAAAAGGCCCGAUUCCUUCCCAGAGCCCAGAAGCCCUUCUCCGAUGAAGACCACGGUGAUAAAGAGCCCAGAAAUUGGGAAUAACGAUAAUUCCGUAAGUAGAAGUCCAGAGUCCGUCACCCACGGAGAAACCCAUCGCUCCCCUGACUUGCAAAGCAGCCGGCAGAGCUUCCUGAACUCCCAGCUGUGGGAUGAAUGGGAAGAAGACGAGAGGGACGAUCUUCCUGCUGUAUUACCUUUGGCUCAACGGCUGAACAAGGUCCCGGACAAAGAGAAGGAACUUAGGACUCCAGUUAGCAUUGUGCGCAGGAGAGAGUUGGCGCCGAAGGUCCCCAUCACCCCGUUACCACAUUAUUCGGAUAUGGACAGCCCGAUUCUAAAGAAGGAGUUGAGCAGGUUCGGGGUACGAGCUCUCCCCAAGAAGCAGAUGGUGCUGAAGCUGAAAGAGAUCUUCCGUUACACACACCAGGUGAUGAGCUCAGACUCUGAAGAUGAGGUCCCUUCUUCUCAGCGCCGUCGGCAAGAUCAUGGUGGCACAUCGCAGGCUCCGAGGUACCCCGCCGGCACUAAAGGCCAGACAAGCCCCCAGGCUCCGAGGCGUAAGAAGCUUGCAACUGUGUGCGGCGCCAAGGAAGCGGCCGUCGGAGAAGAACGGCCAAUGGCUGCAUCGCAGGAGUCCACCUCGUCCUCUGCGGCUGCGAGCGACACCUCCUCCUUAUCCCAGAGCUCCGCCGGCAAUGAGUUCGAGACAGCGUUUGCUGACGAAGAAGACGACGAGCCGAUAGCCGCUUCGCAGGAGGCCGGCCGCCAAGCCGCCACCACCGAGGCCGUCAGGCGCUUCAUAGGAGAGCGUCCCGAUUUAUACAAGCGGAUCUUACUCUACCAGCCGCUGGAGCUGGGAGCCGUCCAAGCGGAACUCAAGCAGAGCGGGAUCAAGAUGGCGGCAGGGAAGCUGCUGGACUUCCUGGACGCGCAUUGUGUCACCUUUACCACGGCCGCCGCGCGCAAGGAAAAGAAGAGCCGGGGACGAAGGAAGGGGGCGAAGCGAUACUGAGCUGUGUUCUGGUCCAAAAAAAGAGCAUGAUUGAUGAUUUAGCAUGUUGGAAAUACCCCCGUAUUAUUAUGUAUGAGACUAUUGGGGUGGAAAAAAAUGUAUGGAUUUUUAAAUUAUCAAAUGUUUUACGUGUUGUGAAUUUUAUAUGUAAUAAAAUAACUAAUAUGUUAACAGUCU